UAGUAGAAGAAAAAAUCCGAAAUGAAAUGAUGAAGCUGAUUUUGAGACGACACAAGACUAGGGAAACCCUAGAAUUUGAAUUGGCAGUUACAAGCAACCUCCACGAUCUCUGCUUACGGAUCAGUUCAUCGACUCCUUUCUCCGUUCACUUUUCUCUUAAUUGCAAUGACAAGCCUUCUCCCAAGGAUACGCUCCGAUCUCUUGGCUAUUCUCUACAUCUAUCUGCCUUUACUGCCUCCUCUUCUCCGAUGGGUAUUGAAAUCGUUGCUUCUGCUGAACGCAAAAGGUUAAGCGAACUUUUCUUAUUGAAAAAGGUAUUACUCGAGAAAUCUGGUGACACGAGUGAGUUCACUACCUUGGUUACUUCAGUUCAUGCCGUUAUGUUAGAAUCUGGAUUCAUGUUGCUAAACAACCAUGGCCGCUUUGAUAAGUUUACCUUUUCUAAUGAGUUGUUUAACGUAUCCCUAAUGUAUACUCUCCCAGAACUAAUCACCAAAACGUCCGUUGAGUAUGUCACCGUUAGGUUUCAGAGAUUGAACAAUACGGUCGUGGUCUACGGAUCGCUAGGAGGUGGUGGAUGUAUGGUGCAAAGGGUUAAUCUCAAUAAGAAUAGGUUUGCAUCGGUUAUUGAUUUGGUUGUGGAUACUCUGAAGUUUGAGAAACAAUCUUCUUGCAGAAGCUACCGUGAAGCGUUUACGUUUUUGAAGAUGGUCAAAGACGGUCUUUCUAUUCCCUUGUUGAUGGGUCUUUGCGAUAAGUAUGGUUUGGAACUUCCGGCUUGCUUAAUGCGUCUACCAACAGAACUAAAAAUGAAGAUACUUGAAUUGGUUACUGGAGAAAGUGUUGCCAAAAUGGCUUGCGUGUGUAAGGAGCUGCAGUGUUUGGCUUCGAACAAUGACUUGUGGAAACAUAAGUGCUUGGAAGAAGCCAAGCAUUUUGUUGCGAAUCAAUCCGGUACUAUUUCUUGGAAGGCAGAAUUUGCUACUUUUUCGAAGGAACAGCAAAAAGUUAGAAGAGUGACUAGUAGUAGUCCUGGGAUCAAUGCAUACUCUCGCGCUUACCGUAUCGGUCGUCUUCGUGAGUUACAUAGACAUAGACAACGCUGAUGCCCCUUUCCAUUUCCGAAUGUUUGGUGUUUCCCCACGUUAGCUAAUAAAUCCCUUUGGAUACUUUUUUUGUUCUUUAGACAGGUCUUUUGUUUUUGAGAUUAGUUUUUUCUUGUCCUUUGUGCUGCUUAUGCUAUUUGGUUACUCUUUUAUAUCUUUGAAUAAAGCUUUU